AAAAGAGGGCAUGGAUGUAAAAGCGAAAAGGAAUUUGUCAUUUUGCAAAGCUUGCAAAUCCCAAGACCCCUCACAAGAGGCCAAAGAAAAGAGCAACUGGUUUUUUUUUUUUUUUCAAUUCUCCACCAGAUAUCUCAUUCUUAGCUGUGUCCUGAACAGUGGGCCAUGCACGUGUUUGAAACCCUUCUCAUCCCAUCAUUCACUGCUACCCCUCUGCCCCUUAACUAAGUCCCCUCCAUCCUUUAUAACUGAACCUUCCCUCACACCUUCCCCAUCACUCAUCACACACACUCUCACUCUCUUUUCAACUCAUUGAAACAUUCAUCAAACACCUUCUCAAAAUGGCCAAAGUGGGAAAGCUAACAAAGCUCAAGUCAGCCAUCAAGAGAUUGCCCUCAUUGACCAAGCUCAGCCGCAACAGCAGCAGUGUCUCUUCCAACAAAAGGGUCUCUGGAGGAACAUCCUCUUCAUCCAAGGAACACGAACAAGAACAACAACUUCAUGCGGUUUAUGUCGGCAAGUCUAGGAGGCGGUACCUCGUGAACUCCGAAGUGAUCGACCACCCCGUGUUUCAGGAACUAGUGGACAGGUCUUGCUCUACUUCUUCUCAUGAUGAUGAAGAUGGGGUGGUUGUGGUGUCGUGCGAGGUGGUGCUGUUCGAGCACUUGCUGUGGAUGCUUGAGAGCGAAGAGACCCAGUUGGGGUCCAUGGAUGAGCUGGUCGAGUUCUACUCUUGUGCAUGCUGACACAAACACCCCCUAGUAAUAAUAAUGACUGACUUUAAUUGUUUUCUCUCAUGUGGUCACGCAAAAAACCAUUGGUCAUGACUGCUUUGUGAAUUCAGAUUAAUUCAAAUUUUAUAUAUAAAACAAAUAUUGUUAUUAUUAUAUAAAGUGGGCAUAUUGUAGUUGGCAUGAAUGUGCUAUUUGCUGUUGUGACAUUGUUUGAGGUGAAUCUAAUGCGAAUCCAAACCACCAUGUUUCA